AUGGUCCGCACUCUCCAGCUCAGCGACGGCAAGCAGAUCCCCGCCAUCGGAUGGGGUAACGGCACUGGCGGUCUCGAGGACUCGGGUGAGAAGGCCAUCAACACCGGCAAGAUUGUCCUCGAGUCGGGUAUCCUCCACAUCGACACUGCGCAGUGGUACAAGACCGAGACCGAGACCGGCGCCGCCAUCAAGGCCGCUGGUAUCCCCCGCGAGAAGGUCUGGAUCACCACUAAGAUCUCGGCCAACUCUGUCGCCGCCGAGGCCACCACUGCCGCCAACAUCCGCCAGUCGGUCGUCGAGUCGCUCGAGCGUCUCGGCACCAAGCCUGACCUCCUCCUCAUCCACAACCCCUACGUGCCCAAGGAGGGCACCAUUGCCCAGUUCUGGACCUACCUCGAGGACCUGGUCCUUGACGGUACCCUCGAGGGCGUUUCCCUUGGUGUCAGCAACUUCCGUCCCCAGGACCUCGAGACUGUCCUCAAGGUUGCCCGUAUCAAGCCUGUUGCGAACCAGCUCGAGUUCCACCCCUACGUCCUCGCCCAGUACGAGCGUGACCUCUUCCCCCUGCAGGCCCAGCACGGUAUCGUCACCCAGGCCUACGGCCCGCUCACCCCUAUCCUGCGCCACAAGACCGGUGGCCCCCUCAAGCCCGUCCUCGAGCGCCUCGCCGCCCGCAUCGGCACCGACGUCGCCAGCGUCCUCCUUCUCUGGACCAUCCAGAAGGGUGUGUCGCCCAUCACCUCGUCGUCCAACCCCGUCAACAUCAAGAAGAUUGCUGCUGUCAACGAGCUGCCCGACCUCACCGCGCAGGACAUUGCCGACAUUGACGCCGCGGGCAAGCAGGUCCACUUCCGCUACUACGCCGAGCACAUGUCCAAGGAGUACCCCGCGCCCAACCUCCCCACCGAUGUUUAA